AUGGAUAUUUGGGUCCAGCAGUUAGCAGUGGCAGCACUGCUUAUUAUGGUUGAUGCUCAGCUGUCAAAGCCGGCACGCGCACCUCUGGCUCUGCACAAGCCUUUCAUGGUUGUUUGGAACGCACCGACCGAGCAGUGCAGGCUACGGUACAAGGUGGACCUGGAUCUCAGUGUUUUUGACAUUGUAUCCAACACCAAUGAGACUCUGAGUGGGUCCAAUGUGACCAUCUUCUAUCACACUCAUUUGGGAUACUAUCCCUACUACUCAGAUAACGGAGAUCCUGUCAAUGGAGGGGUGCCCCAGAACGAAAGUCUUCUCAAACACCUCCAUAAAGCAAAGUCUGACAUUGAUUAUUGCAUACCCAUGAAGAAAUUUCAGGGACUUGCAGUCAUAGACUGGGAAAACUGGAGACCCCAGUGGGAUAGGAACUGGGGCAAUAAAAGCAUUUAUAGAAAUAAAUCUCUUGAGAUAGUUAGGAGACGGCAUCCUCAGUGGUCAGAGGACAAAAUCAGGAAAGUGGCUAAAGAGGAAUUUGAAAAUGCUGGCAAGAGUUUUAUGAACAACACUAUCCUUCUGGCUGAGCACAUGAGACCAAAUGGAUUGUGGGGUUACUAUCUUUACCCAGACUGCUACAAUUAUGAUUACAAAGAACAGCCUCAGACGUACACGGGGAAAUGUCCAGCCAUUGAGUCUUCCCGCAAUGACCUCCUGCUUUGGCUGUGGAAGGAAAGCACUGCUCUCUAUCCUUCUAUAUACCUGGAUUAUAUACUGAAGUCAAGUCCAAAUGCAUUAAAGUUUGUUCACUUUCGGGUUAAGGAAGCAAUUCGUGUUGCCUCAAUUGCUAGAAAAGACUAUGUUUUGCCUGUUUUUGUUUACUCCAGACCAUUUUAUGCCUAUACUUUUAAUGUUUUAACAGAGAUGGAUCUGGUCAAUACCAUUGGUGAAAGUGCAGCCUUGGGAGCAGCUGGAGUUGUUCUCUGGGGCAGUAUGCAAUACGCCAGCUCAAAGGAGAGCUGUUCAACGGUGAAACGGUACAUUGAUGGACCCUUAGGACAUUAUGUCAUUAAUGUGACCUCAGCAGCCAAACUCUGUAGCAAAGUCCUGUGCAAGAAGAAUGGAAGAUGUAUCCGCAAAAACAGUGACUCUUCUGCUUAUCUCCAUUUGUCACCCACUGAUUUUAAGAUCCGAGUCCGUCACUCAGAGAGGGGUCCUCAGUUCCAGGUGACUGGUGAACCCAGCCUGGAGAGUAUUGAAGCCAUGAGGCAGAGAUUCAUGUGUCAGUGUUACCAGGGAUGGACAGGAAUAUUUUGUGAAUUGCCUGACCAAAGGCUAAUGGAGCGCUGGGCUCGUGUUGUGUUCAGUAGAUCAAGAAAACAAAAACUUUAUGUCUUCCUUUUAGGAGCCAUGCAGCUGCUUCUGCUUCAUACUGCUCACUAG